UAUAUCGGUCCUAAUCCAGACAAACACUUUGUCCUUUCCUUGAAAAAGAUGAUUCCUUGUACCUCAAAGAACAAUUCCCUUUCCGCAUUCAACUCCAAAUUCUUCUUGCAUCACUACCCCAAUUUGUUGAAGUAGUUCCAUUUUGCUUGAAUUCAAAUCCCUCACACAAUUCUUGACUCUAUCUACCUUGAAAAGAUUCAAUUAUAUUGGUGUAUGCUGUUUGAUAAAUCUUGCUUGAUUAGCAUUGUUUGGAGCAAGAAUUUGAUGGGGCAAUGCCUCAGUGUUGAGAUAGAUGCUGCAUCUCAUCAAUUUGUAUAUAAAAUGGAUGUUAAGCCCUCCUUGUUCUCAAAGAGGAAAGGCUCCAAGUGUAUAGAGCUGAAUUCUUGCAAAAUUGAAGUGUUUUGGGAUCUUUCUGUGGCGAAAUUUGGAUCAGGGCCGGAGCCGUUGGGGUCUUAUUAUGUAGGUGUUGUGUGUAGAGAAGUGAUGGUUUUGGUCAUUGGGGAUCUGGCAGAAGUGGCAUUCAAGAAAGCUGGAGCAGCUGCUGCAGUUUCUAAAACAAUGCUUGUUGCCAAGAGGGAACAUGUUGUUGGGAAGAGGGUUUUUGGUACCAAGGCGCGAUUCUGUGAAAUGGGCCCGAUCCAUGACCUUAAGAUCGAAUGUGACACAAGGGGUGGUGAUGAUCCGUUUCUUGUGGUUUGUGUUGAUGCAAAAACAGUGAUGAAAGUGCAGCAUUUGCAUUGGAAGUUCCGCGGGAAUAGUACAAUCUUGGUUGAUGACAGGCCGGUUGAGGUGUUUUGGGAUGUCCAUAGCUGGUUGUUUGGUUCGAGCGUGGGGAGUGGGGUUUUCAUGUUUCAGACUAGUUUGUCAGCGGAGAAACUGUGGAGCAGCCCUUCUUCGCUCUCUGAUCCAUCUGGCUGCUCGUUGAGCUGCUCCGAGAGUUUCAAGGAGUCCAAAUCGAGAAGUCUUGGAUUUUCGCUAGUUUUAUAUGCUUGGAAGAGUGAAUAGGUAUAUAUUGAUUCUUCCUUGGUUGCUAACUUUUGAUAUUCUUUGAUCGGUUUAUCUUUGAUGGCGAAUUUGGUUGCUUUAGAAUUGUCAUUUUGUCACCAUAGAAUGUUAGCAAAAAUGCAUUAUGAUGCUUCAAUUCGAGUCUUUGUGAUUGUGAGUCAUUUCAUUGAGAAUUUCAUCUUGAUCCUUGGUCUUUUUGGCUGAAUGACUUUGUAAAUUAUCUUGUUUUGACAAGAGCCAUUAUAAAAUAUAAUCUCUGUUCCAUACAUCAAAUAAUACAUUAUUUGAUGAUAGAUUCAAUCAGAGCUUCACAUUUUCUAGUUGAACAAACAAUUUUCUUGUUGGUUCUACUUAGUUGGAGAUUAGGUUGCUGAAUACUACUAGCAUUUUUGUGGUAAAAUUUGUUACUAGAGAUUGAGUUAUCUGUGAUAUAACUAUUGUUGAAGAUAUUCAUGCUAGCUUCUUACUUCUAAGCAAUCUAAUAUACAUAUUAUUGUUACUCUAAACCAGCAUUUUAGACUGUGUUUCCUUUCUAUUAUGAUGCCAUCAUAUAUACAUGAAAAAAUGUAUAUAUGAUACAAGAAUGAAGAGAAGAAAACUGGCUUAGAACAGAGAAUGAGGGUAUUGUUUUUCUGUAUUUCUGCUUAGUUUUAGCUACUAAAUUGCAAAAUUUUCCAUGGUUAGUUAAAAGAAGAAAUUGGUUGAUGUUUUGACUAUAUUAGGUGACAGCUAUUAUGAAUU